AUGUUGGUGCAAAAGUUGAAAAGUCUCUUUAUGCCUUCAUCCGACGAAUGGUGGGCGCAGUUCAAUGAAUGGGAACAACUGUGCUGUCCCAAGCGGACAACGUUUCGCUUGGUGGUUUUAUUUUCGUUCUUCCUACUGCUAGAGCUUACCGUUUUCUUCGUAACUCUUCUAUACAUUCCGUCACGUAUCGACUCUGGAUCCUUUUUCCUUGACUACGGGGUGCCUGCAAUCCUGCUUAUUGCUACAAUCGGAAGCGUCGUGAACCUAACACACAUGCUCUCGCAACGAGACAAGAUCAGUGACAUGUCGUCAACGAUGCAACGCUUCGAUCGUACGCUACAACAACUCGACUUCCGACUGCGAUGUGAAGAGGUCAGCUAUUGGGCGGCAGCAUGGAGCCUAACUACUGUGAUCGCAACGAUACUGUUCUCCGUAGCUAUUCAAGCAUUUGGCCGCAUGGUAUUCGACCGUAUGAACACCAUCGUUCUGAUAGUGUUUCUGAACGUGACCAACUUUCCGUACAUCAUUUUUACGGUAUGGUUCCUUGUAUGCGAACUUUGCGUAUGGUAUCGUGUGAAACUGCUCCACGCUCUGCUCGAUGGAGAAAUGCGCUCAUUUGCUAUAUCUAGACGGUUGGAAAAGGCCAAACGACCUAGCCAGGCGAUAGCUGGACUGACCGAUCUGCAUGCCGAGCUAUGCAUUGCUGUUGGGCACAUUAGGGCGGUGUUUGGUGUGCAAGCAUCUGUGACCCUAGGAGCGUACAUAGUAUUGCUGAUAUUUUCUAUAUUUUCAAAUUAUCGGGCCGCUGUCGUUUUGGGUGAAAUUGAAACAAACUUCGCAUGGCUAAUGAUAUGCUGGAGCACGUACAACAGUUGCUUCCUGAUACCGAAAGUGUUGUUUGGUGCGUGGAUUCGAAUGGCUGCCGAUCAACUAACUAAAUUGGUUCAUCACCAUUUACGACAGACUAAAGAGGAAAUCUUACAACACCAGCUACACAUCUUGUCGCAACAGUUGGAUCAUCACUCGCUGAACAUUCGAACUUGCUUUUUCACCAUAAAUUGGCCUGUUUAUGCUUCUGUGAUUGGCUUUAUCAGCACGUAUGUCGUGAUUUUAAUACAGUUCGACAGCAAAGCAAUGGAUAUAUCCAAAUCAAGUGCGCAGAUUCCUUCUUCGUAG